GUGGUAGCUUACAGUAGUGAAGCAUCUUCGGGACAUCUUUAGAACACAAUGGGGGUAAGAUGGAUUGCUUUGCUGUCCGCAUUGUUUGCACUUUUAGCCAUUACUGUUGUGAAGUUAUACCCUUACUUCCCAAGUGGACGAGUUGGAGUCAUUUUCUAUUCUUGUACAAAAGACAGCCAGAACAGAGAGGAAUUUAAGGCAACAGUUGAGGGUGUUACACCUCUUGGGAUCAGCCCAUCUACCCCAGUGACAGUCAUUGUGCACGGAUAUACGGAGUCUUCUUUCAGGUCGUGGAUUAUUGACCUUACUAAUGCUCUAUUAACUAUCGAGCCAAGGAGUGUUGUCAUUCUAGUAGACUACUGGGAUUUGACAACUUUAUCCCGUCCGUACAUGGCAGAGAAUGUGAGACUUAUUGCAAAUCAGACUGCAGCGCUCCUGGACCUUCUUACUGAAGAAAAGGGAAUCAGGUUAUCAGAGGUACACCUAAUUGGUUUCAGCCUUGGAGGAAGAAUUUCUGGUAUCAUUGGAGACCGAGUCAAAUCUGGGAGAAUUGGCAGGAUAACAGGAUUAGAUGCUUCAUAUCCUUGGGCCCAAUCACCAAGCAGUUCAGAGUUCCUUGAUGCUAGCGAUGCCAAACUAGUCGUUAAUAUGAGAACAUCACCUGUGGGAUCUCGAUCUCCUCCGGGUCAUAUUGACUUCUAUGCCCAUGACGGGCUCCUGCAACCUGGUUGUGACAAGUGGUACUUUCCCAAUGCAAUAAAGAAUACUUGCAGUCACUAUCGGUCGGUUUUCAUGCUGCUUGAAGCUGUUCAAAAUGCACACAAGAGGCUUUUUCCAUCCUGCUCCUGUGAAAGCUGGGAAAAUUUCCAAGCCAAGUUAUGUGACUGCCAAGUCAUUAACCAUUUCGGGCUUUUUCCUGAUGAAAACAUACAUGGUACCUUCUACUUAACAACAAAUGCAGAGACUCCUUAUUCAAGACCUCUUAAAUAGAGUUGCUGAUAAGGACAUUUUUAGGUAGAUUGCUCUCUGUAAGGUGGAGUUUUUCUUAAGUACUCUACAUUUGAAACAAAUGAUGUUAUGUGAAAAUGUAGCAUAAUGACAUAGGCAGUCUUAUUUCGUUCUCAGGGUUUUUUUCUUUCUUUCUGUCUUUUUGUAAGUAUUUUUUAAUUAUAUAAAUUUCAUUUCUACGGGAAAUAAGAAAGUA